ACCUCACCAUCACAGACACGGAACCACCAAAAGAAGCCAACCGGCAGCCAAUCGUGGACAUUUGAUUUUUUCCCCUUUCCCCCCUCCCUCCCUCCUCCCCCCGUGGAUUUGUCGCUCUCAUGUGGCAUUUAGCCCAGUCACUUGGAGGAGGAGGAGGAGGAGGAGGAGGAAGAUGAGGCUGAUGAUGACGGUGCUGUGAAUGGGACGCGGCAGCGGCACAUUCGGGCUAAAACACGCCGACGUUUGCGCACCGGCGACCGGAGCCAGCGUGUGCGCUCUGCCGGGGCCCGGCGCGCGUCUUCUGGGGCGGACAGACCGAGCAGCAUGGAGGGGUUCUUCACGGAGGGGGCCCGCGUUUGGGUCAGAGAGAAGGAACAGCUGGUUCCGGCCACAGUUAACUCCUGCGGAGAUGGAACCCUUGUUGUCACUACUGACUAUGGAGAGGCGCUGUACUUGCAGCAGGCCGAGGUCACCAGGGAGCGCGUGUGCGCCAUGCACCCGUCCAGCAUCCACGGCGUGGAGGACAUGUCGUCGCUGGCCGAGCUCCACGAGGCGGCCAUCAUGCACAAUUUGUACCAGCGCUACCAGAAAGACAACAUCUACACAAAUAUCGGCAGCAUCUUGGCCGCCGUCAACCCUUACAAGCAGAUCCCAGGUCUGUACGACCCGGAGAGCGUGGACCGCUACUCGAAGCACCAGCUGGGGGAGCUGCCGCCGCACAUCUUCGCCAUCGCCAACGAAUGCUACCGCUGCAUCUGGAAGCGCCAUGACAGCCAGUGUGUCCUUAUCAGCGGUGAGUCUGGAGCCGGAAAGACAGAAAGCACCAAACUGUUGCUGCAGUUCCUGUCGGUGAUGAGUCAGAACUCUGCUGGGACGCCACCAUCUGAGAAGACCACGCGAGUGGAGCAGGCCAUCGUGCAAAGCAGUCCCAUCAUGGAAGCGUUCGGAAAUGCCAAGACGGUUUACAACAACAACUCCAGCCGCUUCGGGAAGUUCAUCCAGCUUCACUUCUCCGAGAGCGGCAACAUCCAAGGAGGCUGCGUCAUCGAUUAUUUACUAGAAAAGAACCGAGUGGUGCGACAGAACCCCGGAGAACGCAACUACCACAUCUUCUACGCUCUCUUGGCGGGAGCUAACAAAGAGCAUAAAAGUGUGUACUUCCUGGAGGAUCCAGCCGAGUCUUUCCAUUACCUCAGCCAGUCGGGUUGUCUCCAGGACAAGAGUCUGAACGACAAAGAGCUGUUUAACAGCGUUAUGGAGGCGCUGAAGGUUCUGGAGUUCAGCGAGGAGGAGAUCCGAGACAUGUUCAAGCUGCUGUCCGGCGUCCUUCAGCUGGGCAACGUGGAGUUCAUGACAGCGGGAGGAGCCCAGAUCACCACCAAGCAAGUGGUGACCACCGCCAGCGAGCUUCUGGGCCUGGACGCCUUCCAGUUGUCGGAAGUGCUGACUCAGCGCUCCAUCAUACUGCGAGGGGAGGAGAUUUGCUCCCCGCUCACCAUCGAGCAGGCCGUGGAUUCCCGGGAUUCCGUCGCCAUGGCGCUUUAUUCCCAAUGUUUCUCCUGGAUCAUCCUCAAGAUCAACCAGAAGAUUAAAGGGAAGGAAAACUUUAAGUCCAUCGGCAUCCUGGACAUCUUCGGCUUUGAGAACUUUGAGGUGAAUCGCUUCGAGCAGUUCAACAUCAACUACGCCAACGAGAAACUCCAGGAGUACUUCAACAAGCACAUCUUCUCCCUGGAGCAGCUUGAGUACAACAGGGAAGGUGUCCAAUGGGACGCCAUCGACUGGAUGGACAACGCAGAGUGUCUGGACCUCAUAGAGAAGAAACUGGGUUUGCUGGCUCUAGUGAAUGAAGAGAGUCGCUUCCCCAAAGGAACAGACUUCACUCUCCUGGAAAAGUUACACAGUCGACACUCUACUAAUCCUUACUAUGUGAAGCCCAGACUGGCUGACCAUCAGUUUGGUAUCAAACAUUACGCCGGAGAGGUCCUGUACGACGUGAAAGGGAUUCUGGAGAAGAACAGAGACACUUUCAGAGACGAUAUCCUAAACAUGCUCAAAGACAGCAGACUGGACUUCAUCUACGACUUGUUCGAGAAGGUGGGCAGCAGGAACAACGAGGAGAAGAUGGGAACGGCCAGACGCAAGCCGACCGUCAGCUCCCAGUUUCGAGACUCCCUCCAUGCUCUCAUGGCCACUCUUAGUGCGUCCAAUCCCUUCUUCAUCCGUUGCAUUAAGCCCAACAUGGAAAAGAACCCCAGCGUCUUUAACCCGGAGGUCGUCAUCAAUCAGUUGAGGUACUCUGGAAUGUUGGAGACAGUCAAGAUUCGUCGCGCCGGGUUCCCCGUGCGAAGAACUUUUAAAGACUUCUUCUUGCGAUACAAGAUCAUUUCCAAAGAGAAAGCAGCUGCAGCGGGAGACGACAAAAAGAGAAGCACAGAUCUUUUAACCAGAUAUGACAAGACCAAGAAAGAAUGGCAGCUGGGGAAGACCAAAGUGUUUAUGAAGGAGUCUCUGGAGCAACGUCUGGAGAAAGACCGUGACGAAGUGCGACGGCAGGCGGCCAUGAUCAUUCGAGCUCACCUCCUCACGUUCUCGGCCAAGAAACACUUCAAGCGAGUACGCGCCAGUACCGUCACCCUGCAGAAGCACCUCCGCAGGCACAUCCAGCGCAGGCACUUCGUCCGGCAGCGCAAGGCGGCGCAGGUGCUGCAGAAGCACCGGAGAGGUCAGGUGGCCCGGACUCGGGUCAGGAAGAUUCGAGACGCCAAGAGGAAGAAAGAGGAAGAGGAGAGGAAGAAAGAUGAGGACAAGGAGGAGGAGGACGAAGAAGAGAUGAAGACAGACAGCGAUGGGGAGCAGGAGGAAGAUGGGGAUGAAGACGCUGAAAGCAAGAAUAAACCUAUAGAGGACGAGGCACGUCAGAUGGAGGAGAUCCUGCAGCUGGAACGUGAGAUCGAGCGCCUGCAGAAGAAGCGGGAGGACGAGGUGUCGCAGCUGUGCGAGUCGUCGAAGCAGGAGCUGCAGCUGCGCCGCGACGCCGAGCUCAAGCGCAUGAAGAAGGAAGCCUCCCGCAAGGCCACGAGCCUCAUCGACCUCCUCAACUUCGACGGCGUGGUGGACCCCGCGCUGGGGGACGCGGCGGCAAAGCCGGUCGCUGAACCGAAAGCCCCCAGGGCUGCGAACGCCGUGCCGGCUGGCGCGUCCAAGGAUGAGGAGGUGGACGAGGGUUUCCACGCCGAGGAGGAGUGCAUCCCGCUUCCUGACUUCCCACCUCCCGCGGAGACGGACACGCCCAUGGAUCAGGCCAUGUUUGCCCACCUGCCGCCACCUCCGCCUGCGUUCGCCGAAGGGAUGGUACCUUCAGAAUGUCCCGCCGACGCCACUCCAGUCCCACCCCGGACUGGUGAUGACGCCGCCGCCGCCGCCCCUGAGAGGAAGGUGAGCAUGGUGGACAGCUUGGUGGACGGGGAGGAGCCCAUCUACAGCAUGCCCGCCGACACCGAGUCCGACUACGACCAGGAGGAGGAGGAGGGCUCGGUCACGGCCGGGGACGACAGCUCCGUGUCGGGGAGCAACCGGGGCAGCGCCGCCGCCACUGACGAGGAGCACCCGCGCAAGUCCACCUGCACCAACGCCAGCAUGGAGUCCUACAGAGGCAGCACAGACUCUUACGCAGGCAGCGACGACGAGCACGACGGCAUGAUGGACACAGACGAGGAGGUGACAAACGGACGGGUGACGGUGUUUAACGGAAACGGGCCACCUUAUUUCCACGGCUACCUCUACAUGAAGGCCGGUCUGAUGAUCCCCUGGAGGAGGCGCUGGUGCGUCCUAAAAGACGAGACCUUCAUGUGGUUCCGCUCCAAACAAGAGUCCCUCAAGUCGGGUUGGCUCUACAAGAAAGGAGGAGGCCUGUCUACACUCUCACGCAGAAACUGGAAGAUGCGCUGGUUCGUGCUGAGGGACAGCAAGCUGAUGUAUUACGACAACGACAGCGAGGAGAAGCUGAAGGGAACCAUCGACAUCCGAGCUGCAAAGGAAAUCGUCGACAACCACGAGAAGGAAAACGCCCUGAACAUCGUGACGGAUGAGAGGACCUACCAGGUGUUUGCGGAGUCGCCGGAGGACGCCAGUGGUUGGUUCAAGGUGCUCAGUAAGGUGCGGGUGUGCACGCCGGAGCAGCUGCUGGAAAUGUCCCACGAACAGGCCAACCCCAAAAAUGCUGUGGGAACGCUCGAUGUGGGCCUGAUCGACUCCGUCUGCGCGUCUGACAAUCCUGAUCGGCCCAACUCCUUUGUGAUCAUCACGGCCAACCGUGUGAUCCACUGCAACAGCGACACGCCCGAGGAGAUGCACCACUGGAUCAGUCUGCUGCAGAAACCCAAAGGAGACGCGCGGAUCGACGGCCAGGAGUUCCUCGUUCGAGGCUGGCUCCAGAAGGAGGUGAAGACCAACGCCAAGAGCACCUCCCUGAAGCUGAAGAAGCGCUGGUUCGUCCUCACCCACAACUCCCUGGAUUACUACAAGAGCUCCGAGCGCAACUCGUCCAAAAUGGGAACGCUUGUCCUCAACUCGCUGUGCUCCAUCAUCCAGCCUGACGAAAGAGUUCACAGGGAGACGGGCUACUGGAACAUCACAGUGUAUGGCAGAAAACACUCCUAUCGCCUCUAUACCAAAAUGCUGAAUGAGGCCAUGAGAUGGACGGCCGCCAUACAAGGCGUCAUAGACAGCAAGACCCCCAUUGAGACCCCGACUCUACAGCUCAUCAGAGACAUCAAGGAGAACAGCGUCAAUCCAGAAAUAGUGGAGCAGAUGUACAAAAGGAACCCCAUCCUCAGAUACACGCAGCAUCCUCUCCACUCGCCGCUGCUGCCGCUACCGUACGGCGAGGUCCCCAGCCUGCAAAGGCAGCAAGGCUACGCCAGCCUGCAGGACGAGGCAGUGCGGGUCUUCAACUCGCUGCAGGAAAUGGAGACGCUGGCCGACACGGUGCCCAUCAUCCAGGGCAUCCUGCAGACCUGCCAGGACCUGCGCCCGCUCAGGGAUGAGGUUUAUUGCCAGGUGAUCAAGCAGACCAAUCACGUGCCUCAGCCCAACAGCCCGGCCAAUCGGGCGCACUGGCACCUCCUCACCUGCAUGAGCUGCACCUUCCUCCCCAGUCGCGCCAUUCUCAGAUAUCUGCGUUUCCAUCUCAAGAGGGUGCGCGAGCGUUAUCCCGGCACUGAGAUCGAACGCUACGCCACUUUCAUCGGCGAGUCCCUGAAGAAGACCAAGACUCGAGAGUUUGUGCCCUCACAGGAGGAGAUUGCCGCCCUGUUGGUGAGACAAGAGAUGAGCACCACGGUUUACUGCCAUGGGGGAGGGUCCUGCAAGAUCUCCAUCAACUCCCACACCACAGCAGGAGAGGUUGUGGAGAAGUUGAUUCGAGGUUUGGCCAUGGAGGACAGCAAGAACCUUUUCUCACUUUUUGAGCACAACGCUGUCACAGAUCGAGCGCUGGAGAGCAGAGUCAUCGUGGCAGAUGUCCUGGCAAAAUUCGAAAGGCUUGCUGGCAGUGAGGAAGAGGAGGAAGAAGGAGAAUGGAAGCUUUACUUCAAGCUCUACUGCUUCUUGGAUGUGGAGAGCAUGAACAAAGAAGGAGUGGAGUUUGCCUUCAUGUUUGAACAGGCCCACGAGUCUCUCAUUAGCGGACACUUCCCGGGGUCUGAAGAGACUCUGCAGCACCUGGCCGCGUUGCGCCUCCAGUAUCUCCACGGCGAUGGGGCUGGUCGGGCCGGCUGGAGCCUGGGGACUGUCUAUCCCAUUGGACGUCUUCGCAGCCGCAUCAUACACUCUACUAAACCAGGCGUGGGAUCGGCGGGCGGAGCUGGAGGAGGUGGAGCGGGAGACGGGAAGGCUAUGGUUGGGGGCCCGGGCGGAAUUGUUGGUGUUGGGGCUGAGAAAAGAAAGACACCUAGCUUCCUGGACGGUACGCUGAGAAGGAGCUUCAAGACGGGAUCACUGAAGAAACAGAAGGUGGAGGAGGAGCAGAUGUUAGAGAUGUGGGUGAAGGAGGAGACGUCAGCCACUCGCACUAGCGUCCUGGAGAAGUGGACUCGUUUGCAGGGCAUGGCGCAGCACCAGGCUAUGCUCAAUUACAUGGGAAUCAUCAAGGAGUGGCCCGGAUACGGAUCUACGCUCUUCGAUGUUGAGUGUAAAGAAGGGGGCUUCCCUCACGAUCUGUGGCUCGGUGUGAGCGCCGACAACGUGUCUGUGUACAAGAGAGGUGAACCGAAACCGCUGGAGACCUUCCAAUACGAACAGAUCACCUUCUUUGGCGCGUCGCAGCUCUGCACCUACAAGAUCAUCGUGGAUGAGAGGGAGAUAUUCUUUGAGACUCCACUGGUUGGCGAGAUCGCCAAGAUCAUGAGGGCCUACAUUAACAUGAUGGUGAAGAAACGCUGCAGCAUCAUGUCAGUCACCAGCGUCGCCAGCUCCUGGGUCAGCUGAUUUCUACCAGCCAAUCAAAGACCACAGGUUUUCCCCAGUGGCAAUGAAUGCCACCUGGGCUACAUCAGGACAACCCAGGUGGACGCACCAAGGUAAUGGUAAGAGUGGAUUGCCGAGGGUGGAAAGUGGACACUGAUGCCAAAGGGACCAUUGAGAUUGGGAUCAAUACAUUUUGAGAUGGAUUUUUUUUCCAUUCAAGCACGACACAUACAGUAAACCUGGAUUGUGGUGGGUGGUCCUUUCACAUACAAUACAUGGCCGCAGUAGUAGUCCUUGCAUGUAGAUGUUCAAGCACACUCCAAACGUCUCUGAUUUCCUGUUUUUUGGGCCACAAGCACAAGACAUUGACUGGCCGACAAGUACCACUUUGACCCAGGAUCUGGGGUGGGGCUACCUCCAAAGACCCAGGCAAUUAGCUACAACCGAGGACCUGAGGGGGCGUUCUCUCCCAGAGCUCCCCUUCAAAAACCUGGUUGGGGCUCCCUGACAUGACGCAAGGGGUCUACCUCUAAGACCUUGUAACCUGGGGUAACUACCACCCAGGAUUUGAGGGAGACUACUGCCCCGGAACCCAAAGGUGUAGAGGUUAGUCUUCGCAGACCUGAUAGGGAGCUCCCUCCUAGGACCCAGGGGGAUACAUCCCAGGAUCGACUAAUGUUGGCUCUCUCCUGAGAACCCUCGGGAUACUGGGUGCUACUUCCUAAGACUCACUCACUUACCUAAAUCCUGAAGGGUCUUCAUUAGGGAACCUUAUUAUUUGGACCCCUCAGGUCCUGGGUUAGGGCUCCCACUACAACCCAAUAGUCUAGAAGCAACCUCCACGGACCCAGUAGGACUACCGCCCAGGACCCUGCCAGGACCUAGGGCCUUUCGCUCAGGACCGUCCAUCGGGAUUCUUCAGGACCCCCUUUGUGGGUCCCUGCCAUGACCCAGAGAGAGAGCUAACCUAUCUAGACCCAACAGAGGUUGCCAUCCCUCCUGAAGCCCGUACCCUAGAAGCAAGGGUGGAGCUAUUUCCUAGACAAGACCGAUCGUCCAGGACCACGCAAAAAUCCCUUAUCAUACGGUUGGAUGCUACCUCCAGAGAACCAGAGAUCCCCCAGGCUACAACCUGGAACCCCUAAGGCCCCCUCCGCCGCCCCUUUUAGUGCACUGUCAGACAUUCUGCUUUCGGCUCUUGGAGUCUCUCUCUUUCUCUUCAUUGGUCCUCACCCCUCUCACCCAUCUUAUCUGACAUUAUUAUGUUACCACGCUUACAUUACCGCUUGCUUCCGCUCUCUGCGUCGUUCUAUGUGUGACGUCACAUCUCUUGCGUCUAUUGUUGAGGGGUGAGGACUCACUUUACUCACCGGUGCCACUGUGUGGCCGCAGGAAGAGACUAUAGCCAAAACGCCAGCUGCUUUGAAGGUGACACCAAUUUCCCAGUCACAUUGCGUGUGUGUGUGUGUGUGUGUGCGUGUGUGUGUGUGUGUGUGUGCGUGUGUUUGACUGUGCAUUCACACAAGUUUUUGUACUGUAUAUCACACGUAAUAAGAGUUCAUUUUUAAUUGAAUUGUUGAUGGUCCCAGCACUGUACAGCCUCUAUGUAGUGUAAGAUAUGAGCAAUUAAAGGGUGUUAAUAAGGAUGCUGCACAUGUUCACUGGCAGUGCCAUUCAUUCAGUGUGUUUUUGAUGGAUUUAUUAUUAUUAUUGUUUUUAAUGCUAUUAAUGCUGACUAUUAUGGGUUUUUUUUGUGCAAAAUAAGUGCACCACUCUCUGGUAAUUCCUGGCUACUAUUAAUACAACAGCAAACCCCCCACCUUGAAGUGUUGUGUAUGUAAUGCUGCUCUAUGUAUGUGUGCCAUGGUGUAACCCAAACUAUAAUAUUUAUGUUGAAGAAGAGUUGAGAAAAGUAAUAAUGAGUGUAUUCCCGAGGAGAUGAGAUGUUAUUAUAAUCUUUGAAAGUGUUGUGAUCGUGUGUUAAAGGAAAGAGCAUGGAACUUUAUUAAUGGGAGGAGAGACGGUUAGAUAUUUAUUAACGUACUAUAUUGCAAAGUGUGUUGGUGGAGAAAGGUGUAUAACAUAACGAUAAGGUUGCAGAUAUGAAACUGUGAAGGACUGAAGUGGUUCUGCAUAACAUGGGGUGAUUUUUGUUUCGCUCUUAAAUGGCUUCACGCUGCAGGUAGAGGGCGGCAUCAUCAAUAUAUAACAGCUCUACUGCACUUACAUGCCAAUUAAAACGCAUAUGUGAGCAUCAAUAACCUAAAAAAAAAACUUCUCCAGCACAGUUAAUGAGGUUUAUUAAAGCAUGCUGAAGUUUCUAGAUUUUUUUAAUUUUAAUGGAUAUAGGAGCGAAAACUGAGAUGGCUUCACACUGCUGUCUGCUGCCUGUUGCACAAAGUGAGUGCUGUUGUUUAUAACUUGUCAAAGAUGUAUCAGAAAACUGAUUUUACUAUUUCCCAUAGAACAGGGGUGUCAAACAUAUGGCCCACGAUAAGUUUAGAAAUGAGAGGAUUUUUUUUUUUUUUUUAUAUAAAAAGAAACUGCUGUUGUAUAUGUGUCCACUGGAUGUCACAAUAGUAAUUCUGUUAGGCAAGCAAACGGUUCAUACCAGGGCCAAGCAAGAGGUACACAGUAAACUGUGGCUGCGGAUCUUCUCCCUGGACCCAAACAAAAUGUAAAACGGCAGGUUUUAAACACAUUAUUUGGCAACCUCGUUGGCCCAAAAUGUCUCUGUCAAAAAUGAGAAAAGUCAACGCAGAAUGUAACUUAACUCUCUUGUUCUACCUCCGUUUCUUAUGGUUUGUUGAGUUAGCACAGGGUUUUUGAUACCUAGAAAAGUUUCCAUCUAUUUAUUGUGUUUUUUGUUCAAUCCCAGACAGGCUCGGAUUUAAGGUUUAAUCAUGGCUUUGUAAGUCUAAGUUUAUUGUGUUCUUUGAUGUGGUUUUAAAACUCCACCAUUUUUUUUCUCCUCAGAAUUUUCAACAAACUUGAGGUGUUUGGUCAAAAGGAUUAUUUUUAUGAUUUGUACAUUUUCACAAUGUGCUUGUUUUAUUUCCUGGCCAACGUAAAACAAAGAAAACCACCUGAAAUUGUCUUUAUUUUUAAGUUAUCAUGCCAUUAUUUUACCAGUUACUUGGCCCCGAACUAAAAUGAGUUUGACACCCCUGCUAUAGAAUAUAGGAAUCAGCAUUUAAAAUGACAGUGGAUAUGGAAAUUAAACACAUUUCCUCUAAUAACAAAACUGAAUUUUUGGGGGUCAUGUUAAAUAAAAAUUGUAAAAAGUAAAUAAAAACUGAAAAAUACAUUAAAAUAUUUAUAUGAAUAUGUAAAAUAUCUAUAAAUAAUUUCAAAACGUUUCCCCAAAAGCUUUGCAAUUCAUACCCUGCAGUAUUCAGUUGCAUUUUUUUUUUAAAGAGUCAAAUAAAAAUGAAUAUUUUAAAUUGGCUCUAGCUCAAGGGUGUCAAACAUCAGGCCCGCGAACAGGUUUUAUCCGGCCCGCGGGAUGAGUUUGCUAAGUAUAAAAAUUAACCUGAAAUUUUUGAAGGAAGAAACAGCUGUUCUAAAUGUGUCCACUGGAUGUCGCAAUAGCAAUUAUGUGUAUCUUUGUAGAUGAUGCUACAUAUGUACAAAAUAAACCAUGUGAUGUUAGUACAUCAAUCGAGAAAAAUGAUCAAACUACAUAAAUAACAUCCUGUAAUUUCAUUUUGAUAUAAUUUUUUUAUCUUGAUGGAUUGAAUAUGAACACCAAUGAGUUGACUGAUGAACUUUAUCACGUAAUUUAUUCAGAAAAUAUAAAUAACAACAAAUAAAGAUAGAAUACCAUUAACUGCAACAGGUAAUUGUAAAAAACAACAACAGCAACAUUAUGAUUGAUACAAUUUCAGAAUGUGCCUGUUCUAUUUUUAAACAAAGAAAACAAUCUGAAGUUGUCUUUAUUUCUAAGUUAUCGUGCCGUGAUUUUACCAGUCCGGCCGACUUUGGAGUAGAUUUCUCUCCAUGUGGCCCCCGAUCUAAAAUGAGUUUGACACCCCUGCUCUAGCUGUUGAAUUUAUAACUUAAACUGGCAUUCAAUAAUUACCAAAAUGUUAAUCAUUUUGAUGCAAUACAUUAAUAAAAAAAUCAGUAAUAACUGUUUUAAUGCAUGAAAAUAAAGUUGAUUUAUAUAUUUAACCCCCCAACCCCAAAAGAAAAAGGCAUAACAACUGUGUUCUUGUCCAAUGAAACUAAGUUUAAUCUUCUUAAAACCACAAGUGUGAAAUGUAAAGUGUUUGUCUUCACAUUCUAUACACUUUCUGUAUUAUCAAGAAUGGCCUCACAUGACCCCUCAGUAUGUUCAGUGAUAGUUCCGGCCCUGGCUGCAUUGCACACUGCCACCAGCUGAUAAAGUCACUAUAACUUUAUAUUGCUUUCACGAGUGUGACAAUAAAAGAGUACAAAAGCGAUGAAGCCGUGAUUAGCGAGGAACUUGGAGUUGACCCUUUUGUCUGUGUUCUAUUGCUACGCAUCUGUCUGUCGCUUGAUGAGUGAACAACUAUUUUUGCUGGGAAGUGAUCAGUGCUAAACCAAUAAGAUGACAAUAAGAAAUCUAAAGUUUGUGAUCACAAGGCGACGCCAAAAGGGUCCUGACAUCAGCCGCAGGCGGCCAUUGUGGGGCUCCCUCUGAAUAUUAAUAAAUGAUAUUAUUAGGAUUAUUACCUCAUGUUACGCCUGCUAUCAUCAUUAAACAUGUUAUACAUUGUGCUUGUCAAGACAAAAGAAAAUAAGAGAAAGAGAGAGAUGUGUGUUGUUCUUUUUUUAAUUCUGAACUGGUUUUAAAUAAUAUGCUUUAAUAAAUUAUGAACAUUAUCCUCUGAUGCUUGGGAAGUUUAUUGAGACUUAUUAUAUAUAUCAAAAAAUAUAUG